AUGAGCGAAGGAGAAUUCGACCUGCACCCCCUGGAGGAGGGCACACCCAUAGGCCGCAUCAACCUUGACGAGGAGGUAAAUCAAAAAACGAAAACAUACCUGAGCAUGUCCCUAAAAUACAUUCGCGAGAAGAAGCUCAAAAGUUGCGAAGAGUACCUGAGUGGCGUCUUGCCCGCCCUUAAGGACCACCCAUUUGAACACCUCACUUUGAUUACAAUAAAGAUAUACUGCAAUUUAAGGCUGCAGAAUUACCGCCUCGUUUCCAGUGACCUCAGUUCGGUUGGAAAUUUGGAAAAAGACAGUUACAGAUUUGAGCACUUCGCAUGGAAAUAUAAGAAAAAAAGUGGCUCUAUGAUUCCUUUCCUCCUCCGACUGAUUAACUGCUACUACCCCUACACUCUCAAUUUGUACUUCACCUCCUUCGACCGACUCUACCUCCUUAUCCUGCAUUAUGAGGAGUUGCUUCUUCAGUGCACCGCUCCGGUGGGUAGCACCACCGGGCAGGGCGAUGCCUCUUUGGACCACCCCCAUACAGAGGUGGCACAUGAUGGUGAAGUCAUCCCAAUGGAAGAAACGCGGAAGGUCAUCCUGCACAACAUCUCCAUCGCGUGCUACGUCCUCUGCGACCUCCUCCUUAAGAAGAAUUACAUUGAGCAAGCCAUCCACCUCCUGAAGGAAAAAAUUUUGAGAUACGAUGCAGGCCACGUUAUCACCAUCUCUUUGAUUGGAAAAUUAUCUUUGCUUAUGGGGACAAUCGAUUCUGCCGAUAGGUCCUUCGCCUUGGUUGAGCAGCUAACCAGUGGGGGUGGUCCUUCCCAGGAUGGAGCGGCACGAGGACACACCUUAACAAAUGCAUCCUUCCUUAGCCUCUACCUGGAGGAUUACCCUUCUGCACUGAACCAACUCAUGGCCAUCCCCCCAAAUAUUCCAGCGGAGCAAAACAGACGAGAGGCGGCCAACGACUACGCCAUAUACCGCAACAACCUCGCCGUCACUUACCUCUUUAACAAUGACGUGAGCAUGUCCAUUCAAACUCUGGAAGAGACUAUAAUGAAGGACCACGGCCAUGCGUACCCCUCGCUGGUAAAAAAUUUGAACCUCUUGUAUGAGUUUACCAAGGUGGGAAGUGAGAGGGCACUUAAAAUGAGCGAAUUCGUGCGGAACAACCUGAGUGAGGAGGUCCGCAGGUUCUGGCGUUAA